AUGCGCUUCAUCUCCAUCCUGGCCAGCGCGAGCGUCAAGCUCGCGACGCGACUGCCCGGCGCGAACCGCGUCGUCUGCCCCAGCAUGAUCAGCGCGCCUGAGACGGCGCCGAUCAACCUCGAUGCUCACGGAGAAGAUUUCUUCCAGAGCAUCAACGACGACUACCGGGAAGCGGUCGUCCCGGCCAUUUACAAGGCCGGCUACGCGACGCUACAUCCCGUCGACACGGGCGCCGCGAUCCCGAUCUACCCGUCGUUGGCCGAGGGCACGAGCGACCGCUGGGCGCGGGGCGAGGUCCGGGCCCACCUCGACGCGCUGAGGCCGUAG